AUGCUUCGUUUAAUUUCAUAUCGAUUAAGUCGAAGGAGUCAUGGGCUUGGGUUCAACAAAAGGGUUAUCACGGCGGGGUUGGCAACUACAUCACAACCCUCUGCUCAUGGCAAGAGUCGGAAGUUGCGACGACAAACUUCGCCUUCUUCUAUUAGCGCUGACUCUGACAAGAUGGUAGCUAGCAAUUCUGGGCGUCGUCUAGGCAAGACAGCAACACCUACCUUUACUUUUUUCGAUCAAUGGAAAGCUGUCGCUCGAGAAACCUCUGGAAGAGGUGGACGGUAUCGGUCCCUGCCGUUGUCUGAGAUAUUCAAUACAGUAGUUCCGCUCUGUAACGUCCUCGAUUUGCACUCAAUCGCCAAGGAUAUGAAUCGUGAAGCUGUCCUUAAUGUCUCACAAAUAGUUGCUAAUUUAUUGUUGUUAGAUUACUCGUAUGAUACGGACAACUCGUCAGAGAAGCACAAAGCAAAGGAUCGAGUGAUUCAUUUAAUUCAACAAGCCAUACAAAAGUUCAUAGAUAAUGCUCUUGAAAAGGAUUUGGAGGGAGUUCGCGCAAUACGAUACCCAUUUUUAAUAGUUGUUAUGACAAACCUUUCUACAGCGGACGCGCUUGCAGAGCAGCUUGCGCUUUGUAAAGCAGUGGCUACCCACUUACGCGACAACCUGAAUUUUCCAUCCGAGGCGAAAUCACAUCUAAAAGGCGCCUUCAAGCUAUUUAAAAAGAUGUUCUCACGCCCGGCGGUGUGGGUGAUGGAUAAGGAGUUAUCAACAGUAGUGCAUACGGGCCACUUGCAGCUGGAACUUCUGACGGGUGGAGGUCUAUCACCUGCUAUUGUAGUCAAAAAACUGCAGGCGAACGAUUCACGAGAUACGCAAAAGAGCGCAAACGAUUCUGUUGGUUUGAUACAGAAAGAUAAAGAAAUUGCGCGUACCCCCAUUGCUAGUGAGGCGGAAAAAAUAGAUGCGCGAGGUAAGGUUACCACUAUGGAGAAUGGCACGUUUUCAAAUCCACCGCCGUUAUCCGAUUCAGGGGUCGGAUCUCGUUCUAUUAAUAACGGUAGUAGUAAUAGUGGGGUAUUCCACAACAGCGAGUACGAGAGGGUGGUAUGGCAAAGCCCCAAAGACAGGCCUGUGGAUUUGAACAUUUUGCACACUCUCCUUGAUGAAACGGCGUACACAAGCCUCAAGAGGGUUUCGCCUUGGUCUCUGCAGCCGCAGCGCGCGCCGUUCGCGCGCGAUCAGCUGGUCGAUCACGCGCAGGGGGAGGUUCGCGUCGUGGUCUAUAGCCUCGGGGUAGCGAGCGGCGUGUGCGGGGCGUGGUUAAACGCCAUCGGGGCUGUAAAUCGCUACUGUCAAGAUGAACUGAAGGUUCCAGCGGGGAUACUGGAGAGGAUGGCGUCCGCGGAGGCGCACGCAAGGUCGUUGUUCGAACCCGGAGUGUCCGUUGCAGCCCUCUCCGCAGCAAAAGUCAAGAGCAGCACCUCUCCAAAAAGCAACAAAGGAUCCGCUGGUGGGGUUAAAGCUAACAAAGAGAAAAAGAAUUGCGAUAAAGAAGUGAAGGAUAGUAUUACAAUGCAAACCACUCCCGCCCGCGAAGGUGUCUAUUUACUGAUUCACGCUAGUCAUCUAAUCGGUGAUGAUGCGCAGCUUCUCCGACAUCAAAUUGGAAACCUCUACGAGACUCUGCCCGAAAACGUGAGGGAGUUCUUUCUCGGAGUAUACGUCAUCGCGCAGGCGCAAAUCAGCCUAUCCAACCUCGUAUACCUUCUACGCCGCACGGCACUUCCCCCGGUAGCUCCUUUACUCGACGCCUCGUCUGCUGAUGCUGGAGCUUCUUUUCUUUCUGCUACUUCGCCCCCGGUUGAAUCUGAGGCGAGGCCUGAGAAGGAAAGUAUCUUCCGAGAGGCCUACCGCGAGCUUGCCGCCCCGAUUACCGUUACUUCUCCCGCCCCGAGCGCGCUAACCCUCCCACCGCAUUCGCAUUCUUUUUCACCUCCAGCGGGGGGGAUUCCUUUGGACGUAUUGGUGGAGCAGUCUACUCGCAUCGCGGCCGUGGUGGAGUCGAUUGUGGAGCGGCGCGAGGCGCAGCUUCGCCGGCAGACGGGCGAAUCUCUCGGGAGCAUCUAUCUCCAGGCGCAGGCCGAGCACGACGAGCUCGCGCGUGCUGCUCAAACCGUGGAGCUGAAAACGAUGAUCACGGAGGCCAUCGAGGAGGUUUCCGCGCGCCACGAACAGGCCACCUCGCACCUCGUGAAGUCCCUCUCCGCGAUGGUUGGACAAUGGUCGCCGGAGAAGCUCUUCGACGCCGUCGAGGCACUUCUUAAGGAGCGUGUGAACCCGCUCCGGGAGGAUCUUCAGCAGCUUAUUGCGUCGUUCGAGACUCUUGGGGAGGUGCUGGGGCGAAUUGAUACCAACUUACCAGCCAUCAAGCGGGAUAUUUUUGAGGUUCGCACGCAAAUUGAAAGCGAGAACAGCAACCGCAGUGCUGUCCUUUCCUCAGAGGCUUCUCAUUCUACACAUGCGUCGACGUCUGUAUCUCCGUUUUCAUCGAGUUCACUUGAACGCAAUGAGGAAAUUGUGCAGGAAUUGGCCCGUGUGCUACAGGAUAUCAGAUGCUUGAUUAUCCAGUGGGAUGCUUCAUCGUCGGGAAUGAUCAACGCGGAGGAUACGGAUUUGCAGGAAAAAACAAUACCCGACCUCACUAAAAUCCUAGACGCACUUGAUAAGAUCUAUAAUCAAAUGCAAGCGCACGACGCUAAUAAUAUAAAAUUUUCAAGACAACACAGUGCACUAAUUGAUGACAGUGAAGUCGUUGAAGCCAUAAAACAGAUGAAUCAGCUCAACGUUCCAGCUUUAGUGAAUCGAAUUGAGGAUGCGUUAAGCCGCGUGCACAUCACGCCAGCCAUCGCUAUAUCUUCUGUGAGGGGUUCAGAUACAUCAAACGUUGAAGCUUCAAAUGAUGGUGUACUGGAUAGCGGCGAUACUACUUCAUCAUCUGAGGUGGCAACCACUUUCACACCUUUGGAAGCCAAACAAAUUGCCGAAAGCGUUUUCCAUCAGCUAAAGGAAUAUCUAAUCCAACACGAGGUGAAACGUUCUAUGCUGCGUCGUCGUGUGCUCACAUGGAUGCAGCGGCAACAGCAAAAGCGAAGGCAACAUGAACGAACCGAACAGGAAUUUCAACUCACUUCUACGGAGAAUGCAGAUGGUAGACAAGAUAGCAAUUCUCCUCAACACCACCAAACAUGGCCGAAGUGUUGGAAUGAUCCACAUUUAGUGUACACAGCACUGCAGUUACUACUGCUGGAACCUAAUUUAACCUCCAUACCGUCUCGCUUGUCGGUGUACGACCGAAGAAAAGUGAAACAAGUUGAUGAGGAUAAGAGAGUGAGCGAGCCGUCUGAAGAACACAGCCUGUAA